AUGGUCAUGAUUACAGCAACACAAAUGACUGUGAGCCGAUACCGCGAACAGCACACAAAUAUGAGGGCGGAAACCUGGAGUGAAUUAGCGGAAGAGAGAGAGAGAGAGAGAGAGAGAGAGAGAGAGAGAAGAGAGAGAGAGAGAGAGAGAGUGACUAAGAAUGGGAGGAAUAAAAAUAAGAAUAUGAAAGAAGAAAAAGAAAAAAAGAAGGAAAAAAGAAAAAAAGAAGAAAUAGGAAAAGAAGAAGAAAAAAAAGAAGAAAAAGAAGAAAAAGAAAAAAAGAAGGAAAAAAGAAAAAAAGAAGAAAUAGGAAAAGAAAAAAGGAGAGAGAGAGAGAGAGAGAGAGAGAGAACAAAAACAGAGAAAAUUCACAAAAGUACAGAGACAAAUACACAAACUCACAUACAAACAAUGACGCAAGUCGAUGUUCCAUUGUCUUCCUGGCUGGACAUUGUUGUCUUCCAGGGAUCUUCUUCGGUCAUGGAUUCCCCAAAAGGAUCUUACGGUAAAUUUAUCCCUCAGCUAAAAGACGUGAAGAAUUCCUACAAUGGUCUCGAGCUUAAACCUUAUUUAAAAUGA